AACAAGACGGAACAGAUUCGUUGUCGAUUCGUUCAUCGCUGCACCGACUCGAGUGUAAACCGAGUGAUAUGGACGCCGGUAGAGAAGAUGGCAGAAGAGAGGUGUUCGGGGGAUUUUAGGCAGAUUGGAGGUCGAAAUUUGCUUCGAGGAUAAUCACACAGGAAAGUGGGAUCCUGUGACUGUGUGUUUUUGCGCCAAGUUCCUUUCUCCGGAGUGAAAUCAAGCGAGUCGGGGAGUGUGUUAUGGUUUUUGCCCGGCUCCAGUUCGGCCCAUAGCGGCACACAGAACCGGGCAUGACCGGCGGCUUUGAACUGUACCACAUUUUCUGACUUCUUCAUUUUUUUUCUGUAGGAAUAUUGAUUAAAUCUCACGUCAUGAUUUCGCCAGUUUGACCGAAUCCGCUAGCUUUGGGUUAGCAAAUGCGGCUACAUCUUACUGUUAGCUAGCUAUGUGUGUGUUUGUACGCGUGCGCGCGUACCUGCGUGCGCGUGUACGUGUGUGUGUGUGUGGAGAGACAGCCCGCUUAUGACUGGAUGUGAUUGAAUGGAGAUUUAUUUGGUAUUUUCUUUUUAUAAAAGAAUAUUUUUGAAGCGUUAAUAUUUAUGAGAGAGCGCGUUAAUGAAGCUAAUCUCAUUCAAUUUACAUCGGAAACUUGAACUAACUUGAUCAGAUUAAAUAAAUAAAUGACCUCGGUAUCGUUCCGUAAAUCACUGGAAUGAGUUAUAAUUGUUGGUUAAUUACCGUGUUAUAAACGGAUAAUUAAUUUGUGUUCACCGAAAUCAACUCUUCAGUCCUUGCUACGUUUUAUUACUUUCGUCACUAAAGACUUAAGAUGUUGUUUGAAAGGUUUUAAGUGGAUCUGAGGUCACGGUGAACAGAAUAAACUUGAAGGUUGUUAUUUAUUAGUAUUAUUCGUAUUACUAGCAUCACCACAGCAGGUGCCGUGAAUGUGAAGUCAGUCAAGCUAAACGGAUGACAAAAACUUUCCCGAUUUCAUUAAAUUUUAAAGUUUUUUUUUUUAAAUCAAACUUGCCAGCCAAGUGGGUAGUUUAAAAAGGAAGGAAAUAAAUAAAUAAGUCAAUUCGAGUAGAAAGUAGUGUUUUUUUUAUUAUUUUUAUUUUAUGAACCGUCCUUUCGUCCCAACAUGCUAAUGUUGCUAAUCAGCGUUUAUGCAAAUGACCGUGAGGCGCGAGCUCGUCAGGAGUCACAGGUUAGCCUGUAGCUAGCUGUCAGAGUUAGCGCUCUGCUCUGUGGAGAUGUGUGAGGUUUUUCUUUGUAGGUGACAGGUGACUUUCUUUCUUUUUUUUUCUUUUUUUUGUUGAAAACAAAUCAGUCAUUUGAUAUACUUGUGGCUGAAGUCAGAAAAAAAAAACAGCUCGAUUCGUAUUUUUUUGGUAAUUUUUCCUCAUCCGGCUUUUCCUCAGCUCACCAUGGCCACGGGAACGCGCUCCACCACAUCCCCAUGCACGCGCACCUCUCACCAGUGUGUUUAAUUAGCCCAGACUGGGAGAUCCUCCAGUGUGCUGUGUUGUAUGUGUGUAUGUGUUUUGUGUGCAAUGGCCUAUCUAAAUGGACCCAGAUUACUGGACUGGGCGAACUCUCCUCCUCACCUCCAGUUCAAUAGAUACGUCCUGACCGGAUACAGACCCAUCUCCUCCAUGCAGGACUGCAUCAGGAGCCUGUUUUACCUGCACAAUGAGCUGGGAAACAUCUACACACACGGCAUCCCUCUGCUGUGUUUCUUGGUGCUGCUCCCCCUCAACAUGCCUUGGUCUCAGAUCAGUGUCACGUGGCUGGGCGUGGUCCACUUCCUGGCCUGUUUGUCUCCUCAGCUCGGCUCCGUCCUGUAUCACCUAUUCAUGAACCACGAGGGCGGAGAACCCGUCUACAAAAAACUACUCACCUUAGACAUGUGUGGCAUCUGCAUGAUUACCACGCUGGGUGCUCUGCCCAUUGUCUACAGUACCUUGCUGUGCUACCCGUGGCUACGCGGCACCGCCCUGCUGGCCUACAUCGCUCUGUCUAGCUACGCCAUUUACUGCGCAGUGACGGCGCGGAGCAGCGUGCGUCGUUUGCGCUCGUUUGCCGGCCAGGCGCUCUUUCGUUUCUUCUUCCUGGGUCUGCGGUGGUUGGGCGUGGGCGGGGGAAGCCCUACAUCGCUCCGCCACUUCCUCACCAUGGAGGCGCUGGCGGUGUCGGGCGGAGUCAUCAACAUCGCCCGUGUGCCCGAGCGCUUCUGCCCGGGUCUCUUUGACUACUGGUGUAACAGCCACCAGAUCAUGCACGUGCUGGUGGUUGGCUCCAUCCUUUCACUGCACUGGGGCGUCCUGGACGACCUGCUAUGGAUAAACACCUACGACUGUCCGGCAGACUGACCUCCGAUUAACCUCUGACCUCUGGGGCGGGGUUUUCCAAGGAAUCAUACAACUGGACUGGAGAUUUCUUUCUUUUCUUUUCUUUGGUUUUGUUUUUAGAAUUUGACAUGCAUCAGGUUUUCUUUAGACUCAGGGAGGGGUCACGAGCUCUGACAUUUGACCUCUGACUCUUGUUUUUAUCCAGGGGGUUUGUGAUUCAUAGGAUUCAUUUGCAAACUUGGAUUCCUAUGUAGAGCUCUGACCUUUGACCUCGGGGUGCAGAUUAUUGUUCAUCCUCGCAGUUCAACAUGCAUUAAGCACUGGGGGGGGCAGGGAGUGUGUGUGUGCGUGUGUGUGUGUGUGUGUGUGUGUGUGCGUGUGUGUGUGUGUGUGUGUGUGUGUGUGUGUGUAACACAACAUUUGACCUCUGACCUCAGUUUCUGGGGACAGUUUUAAUUUUUAAAAUUUUUUUUUGGGGGGUGGGCAUGGACUUGUAUGUUAAAGACAUGACAGAUCGUCAUGUGUGUUCAGAAGUUCAGGCGUGUCCGUGUCCUCAAAUGCAAGAACGUACUCCUGGAGUUGCUGGGAGACAGACGGAUUGCGUACGCACUCUGAAACAUUAUAUAUAUAUAUUUAUAUAUUUACACCAGCCUUCAGAGCAUUAACUUUAGGAACCCUGAUGUUUUUUGUUUUCGUGUGGAGCUGUUGAAACGGGCGGCUCAGAAAAAAAUGUUUGCAUCGCACAAUGUGCAUUUGCAUUGUACAGCCACUCAUCGCUCACAGCAGCUGGUGGAAAGCAUGGCUUCUGGAAAUGCACGCUCUGCUCUGAGGCUACACACACACACACACACACACACACGAUGCACUACUAUUGUAAAGUAGUGAAGUCCACACUUGAAUUUAAGCAUAAAGAUAUAUUUAAAUAAUUAUACACAUCCACAUCCACCUCUCCUCCCUCGUUAUUUUAUCAUCGCCGCGCUUUCUACAUUUUUUUGUUUUGUUUUUGUUUUUUUAUUUCCUGUCUUUCUGUUUGAUCCGAGGCAAAGGGAAGCGGUCACUCCUCCUUUGUUUGCGAUUUUGAUUUGUGAGGUUUACAGGGAUUAUGGUGCUUUUUUUUACAAUACUGAGGAAGAGAAUUUAAAAAAAAAAGACUGUAUUUGCCAAACAAGACGCACAAAAUUUCUCUUUGUUUUAUAAGUGCCAUUUUUAUCUUGCGUAACAUUCAGCAUUUUGGAGUGUUCCUUUUUCGCAGGGUGUCAUACAGCACUUAUUUAACCAGCAUGUCAACAUGUAGGCGCUCUAAUGACUCAUUUUUAUGCUAACUCUAUAUCCAUAUCACUAAUAGCUGCAGUGCAGAAAAAUUAGCCAUAUAUGUUUUCGCCAAGUAAGGUGGUUUUGUUUUUGUUGUUUUUAAUUACAACAGCUGUGAUUACAGACAAGGAGUCAUGAACUAGGAAAUAUUAGCAGCGGACCAAACCGAGUACUUGAAAAGAACGAAUUAAUGUAAAAUAAAUAAAUAAAUAGCCAUAGUUCUGCGAUGAAGCAGCUCGGCUUCUGGAGCAGAUCCUGUGUUUCAGUUUCAGCCAAUCAGCUGCCUUUAUGCAAAUUAUUCAGCUGAAGGCAGCUCAUCAGAUCAGAGUCUAGCUACAGCGCUCGAGAAAGGAAACAGUCUUUCAUAGAUUUUGUUUUAUUUCCUUUUUCCGGCCUGAUGAUUUUGCGUGCUGAUGAAAACAGAAUACUUAAUGAUGAUUGGACGGAGAAGUGAAGUGUUUGUUUACUCUGCUCAAGUUCACAGUUAACGUUCUGAUUCCCUGGCAAAAAAGUCGUCAAAAAUGGUAACAUGAAACGCCACUUAAAAAAAAGCGUUAACUAAAUCAUUCAACUUUCCUCUGUUUCAAAGGUAACUGUCGCCAUUCAGUUACCUUCAUCACUUAUUUGGACGUUCUGUAAGGAACAAAUCUUAUGUAACUGCAUGGUUACAAGUUUUAGACGUUAUUUCCACUAGAAGUGUGUUUUUAUAUUUCACAUCUUUACUGGAGCACGACCAGGAAAAACAAUCCAAAUAAAUUCACAGAGGACCUCACAGGUUCUGUUACGACUUUUAGAUGACAUUAAUUAUUUUUUAAAUUAAUUUAAAAUAAAUUGCGAGCAAAUAUAACCAUAUAUGAGUAGAUUUGGUUUCUCUAAUCAGUUCAUACAAUAAUUUCUAUAUUUUUUAUGUUCUUUUAGUGUCAAACGAGCAGAAGUAUUUACCAACGAAUUACCAUAUAUUCUAGAAUAAAGUGCUUACCAUAAAUACACUAAAAAAAGCUCAUAUCACAAUCCUGUGCCAUAUAAUCCAUAAAAUAUAGUAAUUAAAGAUUGUGUAAUGAUGAUGUGUAAAUGGAAAAUGAUAGUGAUAUUUGGAUAGUGGCUUUUCUUUUCUUUUCUUUUUUUUGAAGAUGUAGCUUCAGAUUUUGCUCUUUGCACACCAGCUAGCUUUCCCAAACGUAGACGAGAAAAUCCUUGAACGCGUAUGACGUUUAUUUGCCAAAAUCAUCAGCAGUGUUCUGAGAUCGGUGUCUGUUUGGUGUCAAGCCAAAGUUUACAUCUCGAUGUGGGCGAUACGGUGGAAAAUACAUGUCCAAAUAAAUGUAUGUUUAUUUUCAGAUUACGCCAGUGAGAUCAGACUUGUUCUGAUUGGAUGUGCCAGUCAUGUACUGAUAACCAGUUGUACACCAUAUUGGAAUAUUCAGUUGUAUCAUGGGAUUUUGUGUAAUAUCAAAAAUAUUGGAACCACGCCUGGAUUUGGCUAGUUUUGGACAAAAAAAAAGAGUUUAAUGUGAUACGAAACACUAAACAGUCUGUUGAUAUAAAAAUCUAAUAUCUGCACGUGCUGAAGUGGGUAAAGCGCACUAAGGACGACUGAAUCCCUUCACUUUGCUAAGCAUUUAGCAUCGUCCUGUCCAACAUUCAUCACCACUGUGCUGAGCGUAGAUGUAUAUUUUAUUUUACAAUCAUACUCAUUUUAAGUGCUGAUUUUUUUGUUUACUUUUCACAAGCAUUAUCGUUUAGUUUGUUCAUAUUGUGUGUAGUGUUUAUACUGUUUACACGCUACCUUACAUGAUUUUAGAUGUAAUAUGUAUUUCACCAGUGAUAACUGAACGCAUGUUUGAAGAUUUCUAUUAGUGACUGAAAAUCACUUCAGAAUUUGGGGUGUGGAUUAAAAACGGUUAGUGCAUGUUAAUUAUUCGUAGACAUGUGACUCGUUUAUACACUGAUUGCUAAGUGAAAGAUUCAGGGCCUUGAUUAACAUCGUUACACACUGAACCCUCCUCACACGGCCAUCGCAGAACACGUGCACUAUCACUGGGUCGAGGGGAUUCCAUGAUGCGAGCGAGCAUCCUCCAGGCUUACUUGAAAUCGUUUCACUAAAACUAACCAGUCGUGAUUGCGGAAACAGCAAAAUGUCCACUUUUCAGCAAAGUGGAAACUUUUUAAAACUCUACAGCCAGUCAGGUGCAUUUAUGCAAAUUAUUUAGCUUAAGGCAGCUCAUCAGACCAGAGACUGGGUGGAUAGCUCGAGAUGAAAGAUUACAUAGGGUUCUCUUGUAUUGAAUUGAUUUUUCUUUUCUUUUCUUUUUUUUUACUCUCUCUGGUCUGAUUCAUGAGCUGACAUGGUCUGUUUAUUAAAAAAAAAUCCACAAUGAAAUCAGACGGUUUAAAAUUUGACUGGACAGUGAAGUCCCACUAUAAAGCAAAAUAUAAAAACAUGACACUGUCAUAUUUAUUUAUAAAUAUGAACUAAUAUGAUUUAUGAAUAAGAGUAAAUUGAAAUGAAAUAAUAAAUAAAUAUGAAGUAAUAAAUAAAUAUGAUUAGUAGUGAAAUAAUGACUACUCGUUAGCAUUAAGACCAUGCAUGUUACGUGAGCUGACCACUUGUGAUCUAGUAUAAUGCGUAAGAAAACAUAAGUUAGAACAUUUCUAGAUUUUUGGCUAAUAAUAGCUACUUAAGCAUAAUUCUGGAAAAUUUUAAACAGCCAAAGGAAUUAAAUUAUAAUUCUAACAAAUUAAUGAAUAAUUUGUUAAUUAUUAAAAUCGGACUGAUGUUUUAAGAAGCAAGAGAAGUGACACGGACGAAGCGCAUGUCGAUGUCAAAUAUAUCGAUAUAUUAUUCGGAAAUGUUAUGUGCAAACCUAUGCUACACUUUCAUGUGCAAACUCAAUAGGAAUUAAGCGUUAGACAGAACUUCGGUUUAUUCUGAUGGAAUGAAGCUAAGGUUUGUCCAAACGCGCAUGUUGCCAUAGUGACGUUAAGUCAGUAGAGUAAACGUGGCAAUAUUAUUUCGUAGAUUGAAAGUCGAUUAAAAUUAGCCUUGUUUAAAUGAUCCUGGAUUAUUGAGUGAGCUCGCUUUGUGGAAGACCCCGCCCACCAGGAGCUCAGAGUAAACGUGAGUUCAUCACGGUGUCGCACUUUUACAUUACGCAUGUGCAAUAUAAUUAUUAACGCUGAUACACUGUACACAAAUCAGCCCAGCUUACAGCUUCAACACAGGUGUGUGUGUGUGUGUGUGUGUGUGUGUGUGUGUGUGUGUGUGUGUGUGUGUGUGUGUGUGAUGAAAUGGAGGCAAUACAACAACAACAACCACAAAAAAUGUACUGUUUCUUUUAUUUAAGGUUUUAUUUUUUACAUUUAUUUUUAACAACAAAGGGCUUUGGAUCAAUGUGAAUAUCAUUAUCGAAAACCUAAUGAAUAAUGUAAAUGUGUAAAUGUAGAUAUGUGUAUAUGCAUACGGUGUGCACACGACACACACUAAUAUGUUUUGAUACGCAUUAAUAUAUAAAGCAGAGGUAUACAAAGAGAAGGUGUGGAACUUGAAUGUGUUUUGGGAUUAAAAACGGGCAUUUAUACUGUACUGUAAAUGAAAAAAAAACACAACUUAGCGCCAUAACUUUAUUACGAUCAUUUAUAUAUAACAGUGUGAUGUCAUAAUACAGAACUGUAGAUAGAGACAUAUGGAACGUAGUCAUGAUGAGGCAUGUGCCGAUGUUGAAAUCACGAUAAUUGUUAUGAUAUCUAUUAUUACAGGAAAAAAUGACCUGUUUAAAGACCAAUAAACUUUAUUUUUCUGAA